UGAGGUUAGAUUGGGGGUAGCGGAUGAGAGGUGACUCUCCGUCUUUUUUUCCUGGAACUCAAGACCAAGUUGGUUUCGUUUCUUCUUUGGUGGUGGAGCUGUCUGUUUUGGGUCUCUGCCUGCCUCCUGCCAUAGAAGAUGUAGAAUAGGGUUAGGGAUCAGGGUGGAGGUGGCGGCGGAGGGGCCUCGGACCCAGCUCGGAAGAACCGUCCAUGAAGCCCUAGACAGAGGAACUCCAGUUUUUUCCCAGGAAUGGAUACAUUGGGGACAGUCAUCUCCUUAGGCCAAUCUGUCUACAAACAAUGUGAAGAGAUGAAAUACUGCAAGCAACAGUGCCAGCGUCUAAAGGACCGUGUCCACCGCCUGCUGAAGCCUCUGCAAAUACUCCAGGCCCAAGAAAAGAAGAACCUGUCCACCGAGAUCACUGAAGCCCUGAACCAUUUCCAGGCUGUCCUUGAGGAAGCUAAGAAGAAGAUAAAUAAGUUUAGCAAUAAACCUAAUACCCUUAAGUUUCUAACAGCACAUGGUGACAGAAGACUCUUCAAAGACAUAAACCAGAGGCUGAGCAAUGUCUGGCAGGAGCUCUCGCUGGUGUUUCAGAUGAGUCAGUGGGCAAGUGUUUUAAGGAUCGGCCAAAAAGCAAGCUGGCAACAAGAAGAUGAGCAGGAUGCAGAGGAAGACUGGAGAGUCUUCCAAAGUCUAAGUGAAACUGAAAUUAUAGAAGCUUCGCUGAGGCAAUUGAAAAUCGGCAUUGAAGAAAUCAUGAAGCAGUUGUCAAAGUUACAGAAAUCCAAUAAGAAAAUCCCAGAAUAUCCAAUCAAGGAGAUUAAGAUGGAGGAGCUUUCACAAACAGAUUGGACCCUGAUAAGGAAAAAUGAAUUCGGCAGACUUUAUAAAGGAAAAUACCACCAGGCUUCAGUGGCCAUAAAAGUAUUUGACAACCCCCAGACUAGAAGCAGUGCACUAGUGAGGGAUACUUUUACGAAUGAGAUCAAAACCAUGAAGAAAUUUGAUUCUCCCAACAUCCUGCGUAUAUUUGGGAUUUGCAUUAAUGAAACAGUGACCCCACCUCAAUUCUCCAUUGUCACGGAGUACUGCGAGCUCGGGACCCUGAGGGAACUGCUGGAUAAGAAAAAGGACCUCACAUUGGCCGAACGCAUCGUCCUGGUCUUGGGGGCUGCCAAAGGCUUGUACAGGAUGCACAAUUCGGAAUCACCUGAAUGCCAUAAAAACAUCAGCAGCACAAGUUUCCUGGUAACUGAAGGCUACCACGUGAAGCUCACAGGAUUUAAGUUGAGCAAAACACAGACAUCCAUCAGUCGAGAAACUAAGAGAAAAGAAGCAAAGAGAGUCAGUUCCACAGCAUAUGUCUCACCUCAGAGACUGCAAAAUGUAUAUGAUAAAUAUGACAUAAAGGCUGAAAUCUACAGCUUUGGAAUUGUCCUCUGGGAAAUUGCUACUGGGAAGAUCCCAUUUGAAGGCUGUAAUUCUGAGAAGAUCUACCAGUUGGUGGCUGUGGAUCGGUACCAGGAGCCACUGGACGAAGAUUGCCCUUCCCAUUUGGAGGAGGUCAUUGACGAUUGCCGGGCAUACGAGCCCUCCAAUCGGCCAUCUGUUAAUGAAGUCUUAGAGAGGCUGUCUAGCUUUUACAAAGAUCUGGAUUGAAACUGAAACUAAGGAGUCUCUGGGCAAGAAGCUGGAAGAGGUGUAAGUUGGACAGCUUUCUCUCUUCAGUCCUUGGAGUGGAGUUAUUUUAUGAGUAUAGGGAGGCAGCGGUCUUCUGUUACAAAAAGAAAACAGUUCCAGUUACACAGAGCAUCUCCCACUCCAAACGACAUUGUCAAAAAUAAUACCUCCGAUAGUAACUGUGAUAGAUGUUUUACCAAAAGGUAUGUCUGUCUGUAUCCACACCUCUUGGCACUGUGAUUUUGCCGCUCAGCCCAUUGAGAAGUAUUGUAUGUCAAUUAUACUUCAAUUGGAAAUAAAAAUAAAAAAACCUCUCUCUUAUAAACCGAAA